ACUGUUAAAAAAUUCGUGUUAAAAAAAAAAAAAAAAUAAAAAAAAUGAGUGCAAUUUCAAGAAUGACAUUACGUCUUGUUGGCACAGCAAAAUAUACUACAAAUAAUUCAACAUAUCGACAAUCCAUGAUGCUCACACCUAAUCGUUUAAAUCAUUCAAUCUUUCAACCAAAUAAUCUCAACAAUACUGACUCGGAAAAAUUACAAAAUACUCAAACUAACGAAAUAUCAACUAAUUUUUGGACAACCAUACGGGCUGCAAAAAAGAAAAUAUUAGCAAUAUUUGGAAAAGAAAUAAAAACAUCAAAUAUUAGUGAUUUUGAGGUAACACUUGGUAGUAGUAGAGCAUCAUUAUUCUCACAAGAAAUAGAGGAAAAAUGUAUUUUUCCGUCUAUAUUCCGCACUGAACUCAAUGGAAAAUCAAUUAAUCCUAGAAGCAAUGUAACUCAUAAAAAAAAAAGGUCGUUUAAAGUAGGUAAAUGGUGGAAUGCAUCACUUUUUAGUGAUUCAUUAGUAUUACACCUGUUGAAUCAUGAUAAAAUUUUUAUUUUAAAACACGUAGUUGACGUUAAAGCUCACAUAAGCCCACUUAAAAUUGCAAAGAAUGGUGGUGUACACACUCCACGAAAACUUGAUUAUGAUAUUGCAAUUUCGCCCGUUAAAAUAACAUCAGACCCAAUGCAGUCGGGCUUUAACGAAACUGAUGCUCCAGAUGGUUCUGAAAAAAUGAAACUACAUUUUCCAAUGUCUGUGUCACUGGAAAAUCAACAAAUUAUAAAAAUAAAAGAUAGUGAUGAUACUUUCACUGUCUAUCACACAAUUGAUAUUGAAGCUUUCGACAAAAAUUUGCCUGAAUUUCUUGCGAAUAGAAAAAAAUAUAUAGUACCAGGUAUUGGUAUACUUGAAAUCGCACUUGAGAGCGGUGAUCUAUUGAUCCAACCAAAGUACUCCAGGAACAAAAGUAUAAUGGUUAAACAAGAAGUCUACAUUAAAAUUGACGUAGAUAGUGAAAUACCAAGUAUUCUUGUUUGCCCUCGUUUGAAAAAAUUUCAUGGGGCUGCUGGAAACAAAAUAUUAUCAAUAUUUAAGGAAGAAAUAAAAACAUCGGAUAUUAGUGAUUUUAAGGUAUCACUUGGAAGUAGUCUAACAUCAUUAUUUGCACAAGAAAUAGAAGAAAAAUGUAUUUUUCCUUCUAUAUUCCGCACUGAACUCAAUGGAAAAUCAAUUAAUCCUAGAAGCAAUGUAACUCAUGAAAAAGAAAUGGCGUUUAAAGUAGGUAAAUGGUGGAAUGCAUCACUUCCUGGUGAUUCAUUAGUAUUACGCUACAAUCAUAAUAAAUUUUUUAUUUUGAAACACGUAGUUGAUGUUAAAGCUCACAUAAGCCCACUUAAAAUUGCAAAGAAUAGUGGUGUACACACUCCACGAGAACUUGAUUUUAAUGUUGCAAUUUCGCCCGUUAAAAUAACAUCAGACCCAAUGCAGUCGAGCUUUAACGAAACUGAUGCUCCAGAUGGUUCUGAAAAAAUGAAACUACAUUUUCCAAUGUCUGUGUCACUUGAAAAUCAACAAAUUAUAAAAAUAAAAGAUAGUGAUGAUACUUUUACUGUCUUUCACACAAUUGAUAUUGAUGCUUACGAGGAAAAAUUACCUGAAAUUUUUUCGAGCCAUGAAAUAAAAAAAACAUCACAAAUAGGGAUAUUUGAAAUCGCACUUAAGAGCGGUGAUCUAUUGAUUCAACCAAAGUACUCCAGUAAUGGAAGUAUAAUGAUGAAACAAAAAGUCUACAUUAAAAUUGACGUAAAUGGUGAAAUACCAAGUAUUCUUGUUUGCCCUCGUUUAAAAAAUUUUCAUGGUCCAGAAAUUAAUUAGUAUUUUUUAUUUUCUUUGAAUAAAUGAUUAAUAUACUUAUAUACAUACAUAUAUUUAUAUAUUUAUUAAUAUUUUAUUUUUCUUUGUUAAAAUAAUUAUUAUUUGAUUUCAUUAUAAGUAUUAUUAUAAUUAAAUUAUAAUGAAACAAUUGUCGUAUUAUUUUAUUUGUUGUCAUAAUUAUUUUCAACUACUAUAAUCGAUUAAUGAUUAUUUCUAUCAAAAAUAUACAAAAUUGAAUUCUUGCUUAUAUUUAAAAUAUGAUAGUAAAAAUGAAUAACUUUAGAUGUUUGGAAAAAUCAAUAAUUUUGCGACUUUCACUUACAUUAUGAUAGCAUUUAAUAAAUGUCAUGAAAUUAUCUCCAAUUGUAAUUUUCAAGAAUAAAUUUUAUUAAUCGA